AAAAAAAAAAAAACCAUGCCCCUCCAAUACCUCCUAACCGGCAGCACCGGCGGCCUCGGCUCCCAAAUCCUAUCUCACUUCCUGACCCUCCUACCCAAAAACAACUUCGCCGCCUCAUCAUCCAACCCCUCCAACAGCGAAAGGUUCACUUCCCAGGGAAUCCAAUUCCGAACCGUCAAUUACGAUGAUCCAGCUACACUUGAAACGGCUUUCGCAGACGUGGAGAAUCUUCUCUUCGUGAGCACGAAUACUUUUGAUGUGGAGAGGCGGAGGAGGCAGCAUUGGAAUGUGGUUGAUGUUGCGAGGAGGGUGGGUGUUAAACAUAUAUGGUAUACAUCCCUCGCCUUCGGAGGGUUUGAUUCGCAUUCGAAAGCAUCAGUGCAACAGGCGCAUUUGAUGACGGAGGAGAUGUUGAGGGGGUCCGGAGUAACUUACACCUCCAUCCGCGAAGGCGUCUACACUGAUGCCUUUCCCGUCUUCAUGAACUGGUACCCAUCCACUACCACCCUAUACCUCCCCUCUAGCACCAGGGACGGGAAGAUCGCUUUCACGUUACGGUCUGAACUGGCCGAGGCAACCGCCAAGCUUAUGAUUCAGGGGGGUCAUGAGGAUCAGAUUGUGUUGUUGACGGCGAAGGAAACGAUCACGUUUGGUGAGAUUGUGGGGAUUAUUAAUGAGACGACCGGACGGGAGGUGGUGUUGGAGUUUGUGGAUCCGGAGACGUAUGUGCGUGUUUGUGCGGAGACGGAUGAGGGUGGGAAAAAGGAGGGGUUCUUUAGGCAGUUGGUUGGGUGGUAUGAGGGGAUUGGGAAGGGGGAGUUGGAGACGACGGAUGGGUUGAUGGGGAGGGUGUUGGGGAGGGAGCCCGUCGGGGCGAGGAGAGCCGUUAGGGAGUUGUUGGAGGGGGUAAAGGGGGGAGAAUAUGUUUGGCAUCAGAAUUAUGCUAAGUAAUUGAGUAUGAGGGAGAUGUGGGGGGGGAAGACUUUUCUAUCGUACAUGUCUUUGAAUAAUACAUGAAAUC